AUGGUGGGGCCGCAUGGCUACCGAACAACAUCAGAAGACGUGGAUGCGGGAAGCCGAUUUAUGAGCACAAGAGCGCAAAAGAUAAGAAUGUUUGUUGUGGCGCGGACGCCUCGCCAGUGAAAAAAACUUCCAUUUCAGGGCGGCUCUCGGCGCCGCCACACAUCGACUCGAAUGUGUGGAUUGCAGUACGGCCUCACCACAAGAAAGACGCCGUAACACGCGAGAAGAACAAAUGCCGCGACGGCCUUUUUUCGGCGACAACACAAGCGCCACGGACGACGACGUGACACAUCCGGUGAAUCAUCACGUCUUUUUUCCCUUGUUUCGUUUCACAAAAACGGGCCUGGCAAAACAAAAUACACUCAGAAUCCGCCAAGGUAUACUAUGUGCGGAAGCUGAAAAGUUAGGCUACAUGCAUACAUGA